GAGAACCGCUGAUGACCAGCUAGCUAAUGUUAUGUAAAUUCUCUGAACCGACCAUGCAGUCAUCAAAUGUUAGGUCCUAAAGCAGAUGUUCCGUCGUUUAUGUUUUGACAAUGGCAAGCGGGUGCUUCUGAGAGGCAUGAAUGACUUUGCAGUUCUUAACACAGGGCGGAAGAUGCCCCUGCUUGGACUAGGGACAUGGAAAAGUGAGCCAGGAAAGGUGAAACAAGCAGUUAUUUGGGCAUUGGAGGCUGGCUUUCGCCAUAUUGACUGUGCAGCCAUCUAUGGAAAUGAAGUUGAAAUCGGAGAAGCCCUGCAUGAAACAUUUGGCCCUUGCAAGGCCCUGAGAAGAGAGGAUGUGUUCAUCACAUCCAAGCUGUGGAAUACCUGCCAUCACCAAGAGGCUGUGGAGCCAGCUCUCCUGAAGACUCUGAAGGACCUGAAGCUGGAGUACCUGGACCUCUACCUCAUCCACUGGCCCUAUGCCUUCCAACAAGGAAAUGUUCCUUUCCCCAAAAAGGAGGACGGUACCUUGCUGUAUGAUGAUAUAGACUACAAGCUGACAUGGGCUGCCAUGGAGAAGCUGGUGGAGAAGGGCCUUGUCAGAUCCAUCGGCUUGUCCAACUUCAACAGUAGGCAGAUAGAUGAUGUCCUGUCAAUUGCCAGAAUUAAACCCACUGUCCUACAGGUAGAGAGUCACCCUUACUUAGCUCAGGUAGAGCUGCUGGCCCACUGUCAUGACCGGGGCCUGGUGAUGACAGCCUACAGCCCCCUGGGCUCUCCUGACCGGGCUUGGAAACAUCCAGAUGAACCAGUUCUGCUUCAGGAGCCUGUGAUUGCUGCACUAGCAGAGAAAUACAAAAAGUCCCCUGCUCAAAUUAUCCUGAGGUGGCAGACACAAAGAGGAGUGGUAACAAUCCCCAAAAGUGUGACAAAGUCCCGUAUUAAAGAGAACAUUCAGGUGUUUGACUUUCUCCUUGAAGAAGAGGAAACUAAAAGUAUUACAGCCCUGCACAAAGGCUGGCGGUACAUUGUACCAAUGAUCCAAGUGGAAGGAGAACGUGUUCCCAGAGAUGCAGGGCAUCCUCACUACCCUUUUAACGACCUCUACUGACGACUCAGACUCCAAACUAAAUUUGUGCCUUUAACAUCCUCAAUACCACCCUCUACAUCACUAAUAAGUAUUUGUCUUCAGAUUAUGUCAAAUCCUGCUCCUCGUGAUGAACAAUGGAAAAUCAAGUAUUCCUGCAUACAUUCUACGUACAUAUUUUUAAAAUAAAUAUUUUGUUACUUCACUUG